UACAAAGUUUUAAGUUAUUGUAAAUAAAAUAUUCAACUGUAUAUUUUUCUUACUAACUUUUAUUUUUCAUGUAAUUACAGAUAUGUACUUAAAAAUGUAAUUGAAGAAUCAGGUUAACAGACAUUAUUAUUGCUAAUAAUACAUUAGCUAAAAUAAAUCAAUCUUAAAAUAACUCAAGUUUAAAUUUAUCUAUCUAAAGGGGUGAAAGUCUAGAGUUGCGAACAUUAGAAGCUUUUGUCCACUGAAAGCCCUUUGUGUAACUUCACGCUUCAAAAGUAUAAUCUUUUAAUUGAAAAUGAGAAUCAAAAAUAUGUAUAAUCGAGAUUUUGUAAGCGCGGGAACAACAAUUUUAACGUCAAAACCGUUUGCAUAUGUUUUAAGAAGUUUAUUACGAAAUGAAAGAUGUGAUUACUGUUUACAAAGUGGAAAACUUUUUAAGUGUUCUGUUUGUCAAUACGUAUAUUAUUGUAAUCGUAUUUGCCAAAAAGAAGCUUGGUCAGUACAUAAAGUAGAAUGUCCAAAUUUGAAAAGGAUAUCACCAAAAAUUAUACCAGAUGCUGCAAGACUUAUGGCUCGUAUAAUUAUAAAACUUCAUCAAGGCGGAGGAGAAGAAAUGGGAUAUUAUUCAGAGACAAAUUAUAGAAAAUUUAAAGAUCUUAUGUCUCAUUAUUCUGACAUUAAAAAAGAUGUAAAACGAAUGGAACAUUUUACUUCAUUGUGUGGAGUUCUAUUUGAAUUUCUUGGAAAUGUACCUAUACCAAAUUCUGCAGAGUUAAUGGGUAUUUAUGGUAGAAUAUGUAUUAAUUCCUUUAAUAUAUUAGAUCCAGAUAUGAAUAGUAUUGGAGUUGGUAUUUAUCUGGCACCAUCUGUAAUUGAUCACAGCUGCAAGCCUAAUGCAGUAGCUGUAUUUGAAGGAACUACAAUUAUUAUACGAACACUUGAAGAUCUUCCAUGUUUGAAUUGGUCACAGAUAAAAAUAUCAUAUAUCGACCUACUCAAUUCAACUAAAGAUAGAUGUGAAGAAUUACAGAAUUCAUACUAUUUUCUGUGUGAUUGCCAAAGAUGCAUGCAAUCAGAGCCAAUGGCAACAGCUGCUGCUUGUCCAAAAACAUCUUGUACAUAUCCAAAUUCUUUCAGUGCUACUGUAUGUAAAAAAUGUAACGCAAAAUUUCCAUCAAAUUUUAAAGAAACAUUUGACGAAGUUACGGAGUUCACUGCCCAUCAUUUACAAGAUAUGAAAAAUAUGGCUUAUCUUGAUGUGAGUAAAAUAUGCUUAAAGAAACAAGAAGGUGUUCUACAUACAUUCAAUAUCCAAUAUGUACGUACUUUAGAAGCAGCAUUUGAUGCAUCUGUAAAUUUAAAUUCAUGGGAAGAAGCAGAACAUUAUGGAAAAAAACUUAUACCAGGAUAUUUGUUAUAUUAUGGAGAGAUACAUCCUUUAACAGGAUUAUUAUAUCUUAUGACAGGAAAAAUUCAAUUACAUCUAAAUAAAGCAAAGCAAGCUUAUGAUACAUUAAGAAAGGCGCAUUCUGUAUUAACAAUAACACAUGGAGAAAGACACUCUUUAUUGUCCGAAAAUUUGAAACCUCUCUUAUACCAAGCUAUGAAUGUUGUUAAGGACUUGUAGUUCUGAUGAUUACUUAUUUAGUAAAAUAUUUAGUAGUAAUAAUUUGUAAUUGUUUUUAGACAAUAAAUUACUUUAUUAUAUUA